AUGGAGAAUAACCCCUUUCAGACCCGCGAGCCCUCGAUCACUGGCAACCCCCAACUUCGCACACCCCAACGUGAGGCAUACGCCGAGCUUGCGCGGUUUGCCGGGAACCCGGAUGAGCAGGAGCGCGAGGUUGGAAUCGUUCUGCCGGUCGGCUGCGGCAAGUCAGGCUGCAUAACGAUUGCCCCCUUUGCCUUCCGCGCUACGCGUACUCUUGUCGUAGCCCCCGGCGUCAAGAUCGCCGAGCAGCUUCACGACGAUUUCGACCCGGCCCGCCCGGAAAUGUUCUACAUCAAGUGCGGCGUGCUGAACGGCCAGCCCUAUCCCGAGCCAGCCGAAAUCCGGGGCACGACCACCAACCGCGCCGACCUUGAGGAAGCUGACGUUGUGCUGACCAACAUCCAGCAGCUUCAGGGCGAGGAAAAUCGCUGGCUCCAGGACCUGCCGGACGACUUCUUUGACCUCAUCCUGUUUGAUGAAGGCCAUCACAACGUCGCGCAGACCUGGACCACGCUCAAAGCCAAAUUCCCGACAGCCCGUAUCGUCAAUUUUAGUGCUACGCCACUGCGCGCCGACGGCCAGCUCAUGGCCGGGCGCAUCCUCUAUUCCUACCCCGUGUUCCGAGCCAUUCAGGAAGGCUACGUCAAGCGCCUCAAGGCCGUUGUCCUCAAUCCCCGCACCCUCCGCUAUGUCCGCCGCGAGGACGGACAGGAGACCGAAGUCAGCCUUGACGAAGUGCGCCGCCUUGGCGAGCAGGAUGCCGAUUUCCGUCGCAGCAUCGUGACCUCGACCGAAACGCUCAACACUAUCGUUGAUGCCUCCAUUCGUGAGCUGGACAGGCUUCGCCAGACCGCCGCUGACAACCGGCUCAAGAUUAUCGCCUCGGCGCUCAACUAUGAGCACUGCCGCCAGAUUGUCGAAGCGUACCGCGCCCGUGGUCGCCGCGCCGAUUAUGUCCACUCCCGCGAAGACAGCGCCGCCAACGAGCGUGUCUUGCAGCGUCUUGAAAACCACGAGCUGGACGUGAUCGUGCAGGUCCGCAAACUGGGCGAAGGGUUUGACCACCCCUUCCUUGCGGUGGCGGCCGUGUUCAGCAUUUUCGCGAACCUCUCUCCCUUUGUGCAGUUCGUUGGGCGCAUCAUGCGCGUCAUCGAGCAGAACGCGCCCGGCCACGUCCUCAACAAUGGCAGCGUCGUUUUCCAUGCCGGGGCCAACGUCGCCAGCCGGUGGACCGACUUCCAGCAAUACAGCGAAGCUGAUCGCGAGUUCUUCGACCAGCUUCUUCCCAUGGAGGAUCUCGAUUUUAGUUCCGGCGACGAGCUUGAAGUGGAGCCCACGCCCCGCGACUUCGGCGACGGCGAACGGUUCGACGUGCGGAGCCAGACCUCUAUUCGACUUGAGGAAAUCCCCCUGAUUGCCGAAGACCCCGAGGCCCUUGCCGCUCUUAGGGUCCUCCAAGAGCGCGGUUAUACAUCAGACGAAGUGAGGCAGGCUUAUGACGAGCUUGAGCCCGUUCCGGUGACGCGCGUGCGGCAGCGUCAAGCCAUGCGCGGCGGUCUCGACAUGCGCGUGCGUACGGAGACCGGACGCAUUCUCGGGGAACGCGGCGUCAACCCGGAAGGCCACGACCUCGACCGGCAGCGCCUUGGUCGCACAAAUUUUGUUGUUCUCAAGUCUGCCAUUGAUCGGCAGGUGAACGCCGCCACUGGUCGUCAAUCCCGCGAGCGCCAUGAGUUUACACGGCCCGAGCUCGACCAGAUCGAGCAGGAUUUUGCUGAUAUCGUUGAGCGCGCAGUGCAGGAGCGUGGCGACAAACGCCUCAAUGUUCGAAAUGGCCGUAGCUGGGACCGCUACUGCGUUGACUGCGCGAAAACCAUCGUCGGGCGCGACAUCGCCGCACUUGAGGCGCUCGCGCGCGAGCUAGACUCUGGUGAUUCCUAA